CUCUCUUGCGUUGCGCGCUCCCGUCUGGCUGACAUUCCGCCUGCUCUCACGUGCUUUCUGUGUAUAAAAGGGUCCCAUUCUCUGCUCAUCAUGUCCUCUGUGUCACCAGACAAACGGAGAAAGAUGGAGUCAGCACUGAACCAGCUGAAGAAACACACUGUGGUGGUGGCAGACACUGGAGACUUUAACGCCAUUGAAGAGUACAAGCCUCAAGAUGCCACUACCAACCCGUCUCUGAUCCUGGCUGCUGCCAAGAUGCCAGCCUACCAGCACCUGGUGGAUCAGGCCAUUAAAUAUGGCCUCGCAAAAGGCGGAACUGAAGAUGAGCAGGUAGCCAACACAAUGGACAAGCUGUUUGUGAGUUUUGGGCUAGAGAUCCUGAAGAAGGUCCCAGGCAGAGUCUCCACUGAGGUGGAUGCCAGAUUAUCUUUCGAUAAAGAGGAAAUGGUUGCCAAAGCCCUGAGGAUCAUCGCUCUCUACGAAGAAGCAGGCAUCGACAAGGAGCGUGUGCUCAUCAAGCUGUCAUCCACAUGGGAAGGGAUCCAGGCCGGCAGGGAGCUGGAGGAGAAGCACGGUGUUCACUGCAACAUGACCCUGCUGUUCUCCUUUGCUCAGGCUGUGGCCUGUGCAGAAGCAAAGGUCACGCUCAUAUCACCCUUCGUGGGGCGUAUCCUCGACUGGUACAAGGAGAGUACAGGUCGCAAGAGCUACGAGCCACAGGAAGACCCAGGUGUACUGAGUGUGACCAAGAUUUUUAACUAUUACAAGAAGUUUGGCUACAGCACUGUGGUGAUGGGCGCCUCCUUCAGGAACACGGGGCAGGUGAAGGCCCUGGCAGGCUGCGAUCUGCUCACCAUCUCCCCCAGCCUGCUGGCAGAGCUCAGCCAGGACCACAGCACCAUCACAGAGAUGCUCAAAGUGGACAAAGCAAAGGCCUCUGAUCUGGAGAAGAUCCACCUGGAUGAGAAGGAUUACCGCUGGCAGCACAACGAGGACCAGAUGGCCACGGAGAAACUGUCCGACGGCAUUCGCAAGUUUGCUGCUGACGCCAUCAAGCUGGAGACCAUGAUCAAAGAGAAAAUGCUCAAUGUCAAAAAUGGGAAGUGAUGGAGGGAUGUGACGUCGCAUUGACAGGAAGUAUAAGGAGUAAGCAGAGUGGCUUCUUUAUUUCCAACUACCUGAGGGAAGAUCCAGAGCACCAGAAGGCCUUCCCUCUCCUCAUCUGACCAACUCCAGUCUGGAAUUAAUUGACCAAACAUUAUCAAUGCUAAUGUGGGUGUGGAGUUCCUGUAAAAUAGUCUAGAAUUUACUCCAAAUGUUUGCAGAAAGGGAAACACUUUGUAGAACAAAUGUCUUAAUGAGUCUCUUUUAGUAAAGUCUUGUGACUACUAGAAAGGACCCUGAGCACGUUUUGCCAGGAAUGGACCACAGUUUUGCUAUCAUGACCAUUUGGACCAAGUUGAGGGCAGAAGAUAAAGACCAAUAUACCAUCAUUCCUCACAAAAUGAUAUUUUGCUCUUUCAAUAAAUAAAAAAAUUCUCCCUCAAUACA